AUGGUCUCAGCAGAGAAGGCCGCAGGAUCCUUCGUUCUUGAGGUGCACGAUAUCCGGUUACAGAACCGCCAGCACGCUCCUCGCAGUGAUCGUGAGAAUGGCCCGGUGAAAAAGGCGCGGACUCUGUUGCGACUGGCGAGCUCGGUCAAGACGUCAAUCAUUUCAUCAUCCCCUGGUACGCCGUGUAGCGAUCCGCCAGAACAAGAAGCAACCCUGCGGGGAAUUGAUAGUAGGACGGACCGAUGGGUCUCGAUGGAAAUGGAGCCUAUUGUCAUCUAUCGCCAAAGCUGGUAUACCGACCCCAGCAACAUCGAUGAGAAUGAUAUACAUGGGAUAAUGAUCAGUAUAAACUUCGAAAACCAAACGGAUGUGGAGGACCUGUACGAUUUCAUGGGCCUCAAAAUCUCGGAUUCACCAGCCCGCCUGUCCACUUCAUAUGGUAACAUUUUCGAUGUGCCACGAGAAAGAACAUCUUUACCAUUAAGAGCAUCGGGAAACCAGCUCGGCAUCGAGCUAGAAGUUAGCAUGUACUGGUAUCCGCUCAAAAGAGAUUCGGUCCUAACGAGCUACAACCGUCAUCUUCGAAACACAAUAGAGCCUACCAGCUCAUAUCCCACACCGCCUCUCGAUAUGGAACCCCGUUACAAGCUUACGUUCGUUUACGGCAACGGUAGCCUCGAGCGGUCGGAGCUUGUGUGCCCACACUGUUCUAAGAGGAAAACCACAGGCAUUGAAGACCUCAAGAUGCACCUGAUCAGUUGGCACGAGUACUUUGACUAUCAAGUCACCCUAGAACGCGUCGAUGAGCACGGAGUCGAGCACUGGCGGUUUGAGAGCGAGGUGGCGAACUAUAGAGCGGGCCAACGUGCAAGUGAUACCGCCGACGAACCUUUUGACGUGCGUGUACUUGCACCAGCCCGACCCUUCGAUAGAAGGCGGUAUCUGGCAGGUGACGACGAAUUUGAACGACUUGCCAAAAUGGGAAAACCCACUAGGAAUGCAAAGACAAAGUUAGCAACGAACUGCUCAAAAGUUGCGCCUGGGCCUAGACCGCGCAAAGCUCCAGACCAAGUGCAGUUUAGGCCGCGAAGGGAGAAGAAGACAUUUGUCGUACCAAAAGCACCAAAGGGCAUCACGUUCUUCCGUUCGAUCAGUAAGAGGCCGCUCCAACCCGGCGAAGUAAUCAGUGAGAGCGACGACGAGUUGGACGAAGGAUGGAUGUACCGUCGGAAACAUGCAGAGAUCGACAAGGCAGGCCUACCGGAAGCGUCCAGGCGAUUCUUGAAGGUAUUCGACGACUUUAUGCACGAGGAGAAUUUGCAAGCAGAUAUGCAUGCAGGAGACUCCAUCAUUCGGUUCGCGCGCGAACGUGGUGUACAAAUAUGGCGCGACGACAUCAUGUUCGAAUUCACCAAGAAGCUGAACGAGUUACUAAACGAGGAUGUGAUCUCAAUAGAGGUAUAUGGCAAAGCCUUGGAAACUGUCGGCCAACAGAAAAUUAACGUCCGAGAAGACAACGAGCUUUCUCAACGUCUGGUAGAACUCGAUGUUCAGCAUCAAGAGACGCCUCUUGGUCCUGCUGGCAAUGGCGCGAACAACAGACCUGGCAAAGAGAUUGGCUUCAACCCAGAACAUCAAACGUAUUCAUCUCUUAACCAGGCCGAUGGCAUUUUUAACUCGGUCUACGGAACGAACAAGGACCUUACGUCGAAGAACGACAGAAAGGGUAAAGACAAAGCCAUAGUCGCAGAGACUGGCUAUCUGACUCCUAUCAACGGGGAUCUUGAUGGCGAUGUGAAUAUGAGCGAAGUUUCAUUGGAAAUGCCGGCAGAGUCACUGUAUACACCUCAAAAUGAGGACGAGGAUGCAGAUCCACCUUACGACCUGUGUUACUGUGGCGCCGACGCAUCGACGGCACCAGGCACAUCGGGUAUCAUCGCCUGCAAUAACACUGACUGCAUACGUCGAAUUUUCCAUCGUGCAUGUAUACAACAGCACACAAAAACACCAAUACCAAUUCUUGCCCAGAAAACACGAGUCUGGACCUGCGAAGGGUGCAAGCACGAUUCUAAUACAACGGGUUAG